AGGAUCUCUGUACGAGCAUGAGGAGUAUGAGGAGUAUGUCCAGCAUGGCAGCUCUGACUGUCCUGAUGUCACUGUGUAUCAGAGAGUGUAAUCCAAUGCCAGAUCCCCAUCAGAGGGAGCUGAUGCUGAAGCAGGACAUGUCCCAGCAGGUAGGGGGCAGAGUGGAGCUCACUGCUGCUGAACGGCAACUGGAUUCACUCCUGCACCUGCUGAAGCUGAAAGAAAUGGCUGCUUCACCUUUCCCACCAUCCAAGCACUUCUUCAAAGUCCGGCACAUCGUGCAAAAAAGCCCUGUCUUCAAACUGCUACAGAAAAUGCCAAAGGGUGCUGCUCUUCACAUCCACAGCUCUGCUAUGGUGAGUGUGGAUUGGCUGGUGAUGAAUGCAACGUACAGGCCUCAUUGUUACAUAUGCUUCACGUGGGACGGGUCAGUGCAGUUCCUUUUCUCCACCAAUACGCCCUUUCUGCGAUGGGGAUGCUCUUUUUGGAAACGCCUAGAUGUGCUGAGGGCAAGUCUGAGUGACGUCACUGCCUUUGAUAACAGUUUAAUGCGGAAUCUUACACUCUUCACGGAAGACCCGGAGAUGUCUUAUCCGACACAAGAUGCAGUAUGGGACAGGUUUGAGAUGACUUUUAUGGCUCUAUCUGGGCUGAUCACAUAUGCACCUGUCUUUAAGGACUAUAUCUACCAGGGUCUGAAGGAGCUUUACGAAGACAACAUCAUGUACCUGGAGCUGAGGGUCGGACAGUCCAAGGCAUAUGAACUUGAUGGCACCACCCAUGACAGAGCGUGGUCUCUGGAGGUCUACAGAAACAUUACUGAGCAGUUCAGAGCAAAUCAUCCAGAUUUCAUAGGAUCUCGUUUAAUCUUCUCUGUCCACAGGUCUCAUAGUGUGUCUCAAGUGAAGCAGGCAGUACAAGAGGCCAUUGAAAUGCAGAGAAAAUAUCCAGACAUCAUUGCUGGUUUCGACCUGGUAGGUCGUGAAGACACUGGAAGAUCAAUCUGGUACUUUCGAGAUGCCUUAUCACGCCCUUCAGAAAUAAAGACGCAACUUCCUUUCUUUUUCCAUGCUGGAGAGACAGAUUUGGAUGGUACAGAUGUGGACAGGAAUGUGUUAGAUGCUCUGCUGUUUAACACCAGCCGCAUUGGACAUGGUUUUGCGCUGGUUCAUCAUCCCCUGGCCAAGCAGCUGUCCAGGACGAGAGGAGUGGCAGUGGAGUUGUGUCCCAUUUCCAAUCAGGUGCUAAACCUAGUUUCGGAUUUGCGAAACCAUCCCGCCGCGGUACUAAUGUCAGACGGUCAUCCCAUAGUGGUGAGCUCUGAUGAUCCCACCUUAUUCGGGACCACAGGACUCUCUUAUGAUUUCUACCAGGUCUUUGUGGGUAUUGGUGGGUUGAGCGCAAACCUGGGGACUCUAAAGGAGCUUGCAAUGAAUUCAAUCAGGUGCUUAAGAUUUAUUUAUUCACAUACUUUUAUUUGAAAAAAAUUUUCUUUAUGUAGAAGAAUAAUUUAAGGUUGCACUUUUCCCCUUUAUUAACAGGUACAGUUCUUUGUCGCCACAACUACAGGCUAAAGCUAUUACAAUAUGGAAGGAAAAGUGGAAAAAAUUUGUGGCAGAAAAUUCAUAACCAUGAUAAACAGAAGAGGAGAGGACUGCAUUUUUUAUUAUUACUUAUCUUUUGGUAACUCAGGGGGUUGAAAAUUGUAUUAUUUGAUUGUAUUAUAGGUUGAUAGUCUCUAUGAGGUUUGUCCACAGCAUUUAUAACAUAAAUUGAGUUUCCUACAUUGUAUAAGUCCUGAAUUACAUACUGUUUACUCCAGUGCUGGUUUCUGCACUACUGAAUUAAAACUUCAUAUUAGUUAAUGUUAGUAGGACACAUUGAACUAUU